UAGCGAGAUCUACAUGCUGCUGAGUGACACCCGGCCGCCGCGAUCACUGAGAGGACGAGUGACAGCCAUGAUCAAGAAAAUGUGUCCCAGCGAGUCCGACUUCAACAUCCCGGCCAAGAACUGCUACCGCAUGGUGAUCCUCGGCUCCUCCAAGGUGGGCAAGACCUCCAUAGUGUCCCGGUUCCUGAGCGGCCGCUUCGAGGAGCAGUACACCCCGACCAUCGAGGACUUCCACCGCAAGUUCUACAGCAUCAGGGGGGAGGUCUACCAGCUGGACAUCCUGGACACCUCUGGCAACCACCCCUUCCCUGCCAUGAGGAGACUCUCAAUACUCACAGGAGACGUCUUCAUUCUGGUGUUCAGCCUCGAUAACCGAGACUCCUUCGAGGAGGUCCAGCGUCUGAAGCAGCAAAUCAUGGAGACCAAGUCGUGUUUGAAGAACAAGACCAAGGAGAACGUGGACGUUCCUCUCGUUAUCUGCGGGAACAAAGGCGACCGGGACUUCUACCGGGAGGUGCAGCCUCAUGAGAUAGAGCAGCUUGUCGGGGCGGACCAAAAGUGUUCUUAUUUCGAGGUGUCCGCCAAGAAGAACUCCAUGCUGGACGAGAUGUUCCAAGCCCUCUUCACCAUGGCCAAGCUGCCCAGCGAGAUGAGCCCCGACCUCCACCGCAAGGUCUCUGUCCAGUAUUGUGACAUUUUACACAAAAAGUCCGUCAAGGGCAAGAAAGUCAAGGAGGACGGGGACGCCUACGGUAUCGUGGCCCCCUUUGCCCGCAGACCCAGCAUUCACAGUGACUUGAUGUACAUCAGGGAGAAGGCUAUAGGUGGCGGCCAAAGCAAGGACAAGGAAAGAUGCGUCAUAAGCUAGGGUCCACCUCGAGCCGGCCAACAUGGUGGCCUUAUAAAUAUAUACAUAGAGAAAUACACAAGAGAAGGGCGUUUGUUGCCAAGAGGGCACGGCCGUUGAGGGCUACCACUUGCCCCCGUGCCUUCUGAUGGUUGGUCGAGCUGGCAAGGCUACUGUGGAACGGAGUGACUAGCCUUGAAACGUUGACUUUGGGACGGUCGCCGAGACCUUCUCUGUAUUUACGGAACGCUGCGCGAAGAAGCUGGAGUUACCGAGGACUUCAGCGGGAAAAAAAAAAAAAAAGGGAACUGAAUGCUUUGUGUUAUUUUUUUUUGAGGGUCUCCAACGUCCCCCGACGGGAGACCCCGCGGCUGCUGAGCCCGUACCGAGCGUGGACUCCAUAAUGACUCUGUUUACAAUGCGCCUCGGGGCGCACGGCGAAGUAUUGUAAAAGAAUGUGAACAAAUCCACGUUUCUAUGUCGUGUUACGUUGGAGUCGAUUGUUUUUUAUUUUUCUACAAAAUAAUAAAAAAAAACUUAAAUUGGAAAUGAAAA